AUGGGUUUUGACAACCAUUGGGUUCAUUUAGUCAUGCAGUGUGUUAGAACGGUUUCCUAUUCCAUCAUUGUAAAUGGCUCUCCUGUGGGUAAUUUUCAUCCUUCAAGGGGGAUUAGGCAAGGGGACCCCAUAUCCCCUUACCUUUUUCUCCUUUGUGCGGAGGUUCUGAGUCAUCAAUUACAUCAGGCCGAGGAUUCAGGUUUGCUUAAGGGAGUUCCUACCUCUUUUAAGGGAAUGCAAAUCAACCAUUUAUUUUUUGCUGACGAUAGUCUGUUGUUUUGUAAGGCUACCGAACAUGAGUGGAGUAUUUUAUCAGAGAUUUUAUGGAGGUAUGAACAAGCUUCAGGGCAAAGGUUGAAUAAUGACAAAACAUCAAUCUUUUUUAGUCGUAAUACCACGAUAGAGACUCGUAGCCACAUUGUUAAUAUAGUGGGAGUCCCAACAGCCCAACGUUUUGACACAUAUCUUGGUCUCCCAACCCUUGUGGGCCGAUCACGUAUCAGGGAAUUUCAAGGAUUGAUUGAUAGAGUUAGAAGAAAGGUCUUUGAUCGGAAGACAAAAUUUCUAUCUUUGGCGGGUAAAGAGGUCCUCUUAAAAGCUAUUGUGCAGGCGAUUCCUACAUAUAGCAUGAGCAUUUUCCUUCUUCCCAAAGAAUUAUGUAAGGAGACGAACAAAAUGAUGCAGAAGUUUUGGUGGGGGCAUAAGGAGAACGAGAACAAGGUGCAUUGGAUGAGCUGGGAGAGGCUUGGCCGAGCUAAAUCACAAGGAGGUAUGGGUUUCCGUGAUCUUAUUUGUUUCAAUAAAGCCCUUUUGGUAAAACAAUGUUGGAGGCUUUUGAAAGAUCCAGACAGUUUGGCGGCAAAAAUAAUUAGAGCAAAGUAUUAUCCAUGGGGGGAUUUGUUGUCGGCAACAGUGGGGAGUCGACCUUCUUAUGCAUGGCGUAGUAUAAUUUCGGGAAGAGAUCUUCUUAAGGAGGGGCUCAUUUGGCGUAUUGGAAAUGGGCAAUCGGUAGCUAUAUGGGGUGAUAAAUGGAUACCCCAGCCUUCUACGUAUGUGAUUCAAACCCAUUGUCGAAAUUUAUCUCCUGAUGCCAAAGUAGAGGAAUUGAUUGAUGCAAAUCCGGUUAGGUGGAAGAAGGACCUUAUACAGGGGAUGUAUAAUCAGCCGGAUAGGCUUAUUUGGCGUGCUUCUCCAACUGGGAUGUUUACUGUGAGGAGCGCGUAUCAUUUGGAGGACGAGAGAUUCGAUGCAGCAAAAGUGGAACAAAUUAUGAAGAGGUUGAGCUGGGAGGAGUUGGAAAGUUUUGUAAUGACAGCAAAUCGAAUUUGGAAGAGGCGUAAUGAAGUAAUUCAUGGGGGGAGUUUUUCUCAUCCUACAUCUGUGGUUAAUGAAGCAAAUGAAUUGCUCCAGUCUUUUCACCGUGCAAAUGUGUCAGUACAGCAUGAAGAUAUACCAAUUCAACAGACCAUGAAAUGGCAGAAUCCACCUUCAGAAGUUUACAAGGUUAAUUGGGACGUUGCCAUAUUAGUUCCAAGUAACUGA